AUGAAGAAGUCUUUGGACGGCCGCCUGCAGGUGUCCCACAGGAAAGGCCUGCCGCACGUCAUCUACUGCCGGCUGUGGCGCUGGCCCGACCUGCAGUCUCACCACGAGCUGCGAGCGGUGGAGCUGUGCGAGUACGCCUUCCACACCAAGAAAGAUGAAGUGUGUGUAAACCCGUACCACUACCAGAGAGUAGAGACGCCAGUCCUCCCACCGGUACUGGUGCCCAGACACACAGAAAUCCCCAGUGAGUUCCCCCCUCUGGAUGACUACAGCCAUUCAAUCCCGGAAAACACCAACUUCCCUGCUGGCAUCGAGCCCCAGAGCAACUACAUCCCAGAAACUCCACCGCCAGGCUACCUCAGUGAGGAUGGAGAGACCAGCGAUCACCAGAUGACCCACAGCAUGGACACGAGCUCCCCUAACCUGUCACCUAACCCUGUUUCACCCACACACAGCAACUUAGACCUGCAGCCAGUGACAUACUGUGAGCCGGCUUUCUGGUGCUCCAUUUCAUACUACGAGCUAAACCAGAGAGUAGGAGAGACCUUCCACGCCUCGCAGCCCUCGCUAACGGUGGAUGGCUUCACAGACCCCUCCAACUCAGAGCGUUUCUGCCUCGGCCUGUUGUCCAACGUCAACCGCAACGCAGCUGUGGAGCUAACGCGCAGACACAUCGGCCGCGGUGUGCGGCUGUACUACAUCGGAGGAGAGGUGUUUGCGGAGUGCCUCAGUGACAGCGCCAUCUUUGUCCAGAGCCCCAACUGUAAUCAGCGUUAUGGUUGGCAUCCUGCCACCGUCUGCAAGAUCCCUCCAGGAUGUAACCUGAAGAUCUUCAACAACCAGGAGUUUGCCGCCUUGCUGGCGCAGUCGGUCAACCAGGGCUUCGAGGCCGUUUAUCAGCUCACCAGGAUGUGCACCAUUCGCAUGAGCUUCGUCAAAGGCUGGGGAGCGGAGUACAGGCGGCAGACGGUGACCAGCACCCCCUGCUGGAUCGAGCUGCACCUCAACGGCCCGCUGCAGUGGCUGGACAAGGUGCUCACCCAGAUGGGCUCGCCCAGCAUCCGCUGCUCCAGCGUCUCGUAG